CGACUUGUUCGAUCUGCUGCCAAUUUCCGCACCACUCUCAGAGUUCACGGGCCGUCUGUCGAUUUGACCAGCGCUGUAGACCGAGCCACAGCACGACUGCUUUGGUGACGUCAAGCAUUCUCGACCGGACGUGCCGACCUUCGACAUCUUCAACCUUGUUCUCCUCUGCUUUGCCGACCCUUCAUCCCACGAGCACACGAGGUAUCCUGCGCUCUGUCCGUGCUCAUCAGUCGAUCAUGGCUCCAGGUCGUGCCGCAACAGCCGACAGCUUCUCGGCGACCCAACUGCGGGAUGGCAAGGCUGUCACCGCGAGGCUGCUCUCGAGAGCAUUGGGUAUUCAUCUCGAUGAAGCACGGAAAGAGCUAGCAAAGUACGCAGAGGCAAAUGCGGAAGCGGUAUGUGCUACAUAUCUCAUAAGUGGCCGGUUGCGGCCGAGUCCGGCACAGAGAUCAACUCAUCAUGUGAAGGAGGUUCAUGAAAGUCGGCUCGAGGCAAGCUCAUCUUCAGGGACUUCCCAGAGCGGCCAGAGGGGGUACGCCGAAGCAGUUUCUCGCACAGCUAUGCUUCUGGUGCCGUCCGAAGAGCUAUCAACGAUCGGCUCGCGCUUCGAUGGCGAGCUGUCGAAGCAGCUCUACUCGCUCUCGCCUGUGAUCAAGAGGCGCGCAUCGGAGCUUGGUGACGGCAAAGUUUCAGCUGCAGGUCUAGAUCCAGCCACUAUCUCCCAGCUGAUAUCACUUGGUGUGCAAGUGCGAGAGAUCGGCCUUGACAAUGUCAAACCGGAUUUCGGAUGCAUUGCCCUAGAUGGGGUUCAGCAGGUAGAAGCCAAGUCUAUGCCAGCAGGUCUCUCUGCGCCCUCCCAUCCCAGCGUACAGAAAGCCACACUUGCUGCCCGCGCACCGAGCGCUACCAUCAAGAAAGAGCAGACAGAGACAGGACUAUCCACGAGCGCAGCUGCAAAGAAGGCGCCCGGCGGUCUGAGCUGGAGCAAGGCUAAACCCCAGCAGACCCCUUCAGCUGCAUCAAAGAAACGGAAAGGGCUGUUACCGGACUCCGAAGACGACGAUGAGUACGAGAGUCAAGAUAUGGACCAGUAUGUUGAGGACGCCGAGGCCGCAUCCCGGGAUGCAGAACAAGAGAAGAUCGGGUACUCGAUGACCACAGACGGGGACACAGAAAUGGCUAGCGAUCAGACAAAGGUGUUCAACAUCGCAACGAGCUCCGCAAGCAAGACAGCCGAGCAACGACCAGCCACGCUUAGAAAGAAAAAGGAAGGUGGCAAGCGUGUAAAGAAGCAACGAGUGAUUGUUCGAAAAGUCAAGACGAAGAAUGCAAAGGGCUACACAGAGAUGAGGGAGGAGCAAGGCUACGAGUCGUACAGUACGCAAGAAUCCGAGUCUGACGCGGACGUAGAAGCUUCAGUGAGCAAAAAUGCGCCCGCAGAGGCUGUCGCCAAGACCACCAAAGCGAGGGACGUCGGCUCCGGCUCGAGCGUGAAGCCGCAAGCUCGGAAUGAAGACCGACGGCCAGAGUCCAGUAGUUCGAUUGAAGGAAGCAGCGCUGCUCAAGAAAGGCAGGGUCGUACUUUUGCCCCGCAUGCGUCCGCCGCGACGAACACGACGCAGAACAGCGCUGCUAGCUCUGGCAACGCUAAGAAAAAGCCUGGGCAGCAAAAGCUGAGCGCUUUCUUCAGCAAGCCCAAGUGAAUGCAACGUCUUGCAGUGUGGGGAUGCCAUGGCAAACUUGAUUCGGUUGUCACGCGAUGCGUCUGUUUCACGC